CUAUAAAAAAUCUGGAUACGUCAUUGGCUCGCCGCGCUGACGCAACCGGGCGUCCAUGCCCCCACUCCCAUCCACCACUCGAUGAACGCUAUCUUCCAUAGGUUUGUGUACUAUUUUUCUCGUAUUAUUAGUGACAAAUAUGCUUCAAAAUGCCAUCAUGUGUUGCUGUGAACUGUACAAAUCGUCAAGCAAAAGGUUGUGGACGAACAUUUCACCUUGCAGAAAAACUGCCAGAAAGCCACCGAGGCAGAGAAACUUCACCCAGAAGACAUCAGAAGCCACAGAAGGAGUCCCAACAGGCAAUCCAGAGACGCCAAGCCCAAAGUCAUCGCAUAUAUACAAAGACCAUAGCUACUCUACACUGCAAAGCCCCCGAACAGUAAAGCGAAGAUUAGACAUUGCAUAUGACCAUGUGAGUAAUCUAAAUAAGAAAGUAAAGACACUGCAACAGAAGUCACGCCGACUGAGUAAAAAAGUCACCGAUCUGCAGGAAGUCGUAAACACGCUAAGGAAUGAGAACCAAGUUUCAGCCAAUGCAGCAGAUGUGCUCUCUAAAACUUUUUCUGAUGUCCCAGCAGAUGUGAUGAAAAGAAUGGUGGCAAACAAGUCAAGCGGGAAACUGAGUAGAAAAACCUAUCCUCCGGCACUGAGAGCAUUUGCACUAACUUAGCACUUUUAUAGUGCAAAAGCAUACAGAUACGUAAGGAAAUCCUUUGAUUUUGCCCUUCCUCAUCCAUCUGUGAUCAAGCGAUGGUACAUGGGAGUGAACGGAGAGCCAGGAUUCACGAAGGAAUCAUUCUCUGCAUUGAAGAUCAAGGCAGACCAAGCCAAAGAGAAGGGAAACGAAGUUGUUUGUGCUCUCAUGUUGGAUGAGAUGGCGAUAAAAAAACAUGUUGAGUGGAGUGGCACCAGGUUUCACGGAUAUGUAGACAUUGGUGUUGGAAUUCAGGAUGACACUACUCCACCGGCUCAAGAUGCACUUGUGUUUUAACUCAAUUUCGUUUAUGAUUUAGUAUGUUCAUGAAAUAUAUUGGAAGAAAAUAAUGACAUUUCAAGAAACAGCUUGAUGAGAAUCACAUUUGACUGAGGAAUAAAGAAUGAAAAAACAA